GUGCACGCCGAUCGACUUAUCGCCUCUUGCGCAGAAUUAUUGGGCGUCGACGUGACUACAGGCGAUGAUGGCAACGUUGGCCGAUCUUCUGACGACGCAAUUGCCGCUAUUCGAGCGGUGUAUGGAGAGCUUGCCAACGUUUUAACCACGUUUACCUGGCUAGUCACUCACAUUGGGAGGGAUGGCACCGAGCCAGUGUUCGAGCUGACCAUGAAGUUGAUGUUCAGCUCGCGGUGCUUCGACUACUGGGAUAGGUUGAUGUUGUUUGGCGGGCACAUCCAAGGUCGGCCUUUGGACGAGGAGGCAAAGCAAAGGUGGGCUAGGCUCUACGGAGAGCCUUACAGAGGCGAUGUCGAGAGUGAUCAAUGA